AAACUGAUCAUGCGUAACAAUCGCGCGAAAUAAAAAAUCGUAAACAUUGAUGUAAACAUGAAUUAAGAAAUGGGUUCACACAACGAAAAUCUUCACACUUGGCAACAAAGAAAUUUUACUUUUCAAUCCGCUAAUCCAACAGCUUCAAAGAAGGCAGGAAUACUUCGGCAAAAUAUUGCGCAUAUUUCUGCAAGCUUGGCCUCGCACGAUGUUGGCACUCGAUUUGGUUUAAAAUGUCUCUCUGAUGAAACACAAUCAUAUGUAGCAAUAGUAGACGAUUCUGGUGCAAGUGGUUUAAACAAUUAUUCCGAAAACGCAUUGUCCCUUGUUUCUGGAAUCAAAGAACAAAGCCAGCACGUAACAUGGAAAUCUGGCCUUACAGAGAAAGGGAUAGUUGGCCUUGACUCUGUCAAGCAAAUAAUUGAUGCAACUAGCCAUUUAAAAUGCAGUGGAAAUGAAAAAAAUAUCUGCUUGUUUUCGGAUAAAACAUUAAUAAACAAAUAUUUUCAAAAAAGUGCAAAUGUGGGAGGGCAAGCAAGCAAGACACAACACACUGAUAUGGAUUGUAAACCAAGUAAAGCCGUUUAUAAUGUCAGAUCCAAUCCAGCAUCAACAGCUUUCCUCAAUCAAGGUCCGUCUGGCAAAAGAACACGACUUGAUGAUGGUGCGUCACAAAGUGAUAGUGAAGACGACAACAAACCUCAUGUUUUUAAAUCUGCACGAGAACAACUCUGUAUCAACCAGAAGAAGAAAAACCAAAGACACUCUCCGCAAGCAAAUCCUACAAAGAAAAGUUUAGGUUUCAGUCCAAAGAAAAGUUUAGGUGUUAGAAGAAACCAAUGUUUUUCCAAGUUUGUUCCACCAUCAAAUCAUAAAGACAGCACAGAAGACAAUGGGCCAAUGAAGUACAAAGUUAGCGCAGAUCCAUCAGAUAAAUUGGACAGUGAUAUUCACCCAAAAUUGAAAGGAAUUGACCCAAAUUUGAUUGAACUUGUUAUGAGUGAGGUGAUGGACCAUGGUGCCCCAAUACAUUGGGAUCACAUAGCCGGACUGGAAUAUGCCAAGGCUACAAUAAAAGAAGUGGUAAUUUGGCCAAUGAUGAGACCUGAUAUAUUUACUGGGUUAAGGGGUCCUCCAAAGGGUAUACUACUGUUUGGUCCACCAGGAACAGGAAAGACUUUGAUUGGAAAAUGCAUCGCAAGUCAAUCUGGUGCAACUUUUUUCAGCAUCAGUGCUUCUUCUUUGACAUCCAAAUGGAUUGGUCAAGGAGAAAAAAUGGUGAGAGCUUUAUUUGCUGUAGCCAGUAUCAACCAGCCUGCUGUCAUUUUCAUUGAUGAAAUUGAUUCACUACUUUCACAACGCUCUGAUUCUGAACAUGAAUCAUCUCGGAGAAUAAAAACAGAGUUUUUCGUACAAUUGGAUGGAGCAACCACGUCAUCAGAAGACAGAAUAUUGGUUGUUGGAGCAACUAAUCGACCACACGAGAUUGAUGAAGCUGCAAGAAGGCGUCUUGUGAAAAGAUUAUACAUACCGCUUCCUGAAGAUGGAGCUAGAGAACAGAUUAUUACAAAACUGUUACAAGAACAAUCAUAUAGAAUGACAGAAGAAGAAAUAUUAUCAGUUGUCAAAAGAACUGAAGGGUUUUCCGGAGCUGAUGUGACCAACUUAUGCAAGGAAGCAGCAUUGGGUCCAAUAAGAAGUUUACAGUUUCAGGAUAUAAGUAAAAUCAGCACAGAAGAUGUUCGGCCAAUUGCAGUUGAAGAUUUCAACAAAGCAUUGGAAAGAGUUCGGCCCAGUGUUUCUAAGAAAGAUUUGUCAAUGUAUGAAGAAUGGAAUAAAGUAUUCGGAUGUGGUGGUAUCUGAUACUGGCAAAGAAUUUCUUAUAUUUCUUAUAUAAUUAUUACAUCUAUACACUAAAAAGUUUCUACAUUUAAUAUGGCACUAAGCAUUCUUGAUUUUGUACUUUUUAUUUAUAGUUUCAUACUUAAUGUUUGUAGUUUGUACAAUAAAAAACAAACUUGACAACCAUUG